UGUAAAAACGAUGUCCAAAAAAGUAAAAUCCAUAAUUAAAAAAAAAACGAAAAUAAUCCCGAAAACAGAGCAGAGGCAGUCACGUGUGCCGCGUCGCCCCGCCUUACCCUGCCACCUCUCUGCACACUCACACUCACAGAGCUCUUACUUCAACGUAUAUUUUUAAAUUUUCAUAGCAAUAUUUGUUUGUAGCUCAUCUUCUGCAGCAUCCCAUUAUUGCCCACUUUUCACCUCAUUGAUUGUGCAUGUAUCUACAUAGGCUGCUCCUAGCUUACCUUCUCAGUUCUGACCAUAGUUGUUGCGCCACAGAGCUUUUUUUUGGGGCCCUCUAAUUAUACCUAUUUACUCAGUCUCUGCCCCCUUCAGUCUAAUUAUUUCACUUGUCUCGUAACUUUUCAUUUUCCCCUUUCCUCUCUCUCUCCUCUAUGGUUUCGUAAAUGUCUGAUUUCCAGGCUAACGGUUCUCUGCCGCCGCCGCCGCCGCAGCCGAGGUCGCCGCCGCAUUUGUACGGGAAGCGGAGGGAGGGAGCCAGGGUUCAGAUGCUCGAGAGGGAGAUUGGCUUUUUAGACGAAGAAUUGAAAUCUCUUGAGAGCAUUCCACCAGCUUCAAGAUCCUGUAAAGAGGUCGCUGAAUUCGUGACAGGAAAUGUCGACCCUCUCAUACCUACGAUUAAGAAGACUCGAAGAUCAUGGCGUUUAUGGAAAUGGUUCUGUGGAGCGUGCUGCUUCGACUUUUCGCGGAUUUACUGCUGCGAUUGCUCGUGUGAUCUCAGUAUGCCGCGGUGCUGUGACUGUAUGACCUGUAAUUCCUGCAGCAACCCAUGUCAAAGCUGCGGAAUACCGGCAUGCCGGUGCUUCCCCUGCAUUAGUAGCAAAUGCUUUAAGAAGUGGAAAUGCAGCCUGAAUGGCUGCUGCUGCUGCCUGCCUAAGCGCCUUUGCUGCCCAACCUGCUCUUGCACAAGGUGUACAUGUUAUCCUAAAUGUCCCAACCUAAAAAAUAUGUGUUCAUGUUGUAACAAAAGCUGCUGCUUCCCUUGCUACUACGGUAAGUAAUUGUUUAUGAAUAUAUACUUGUCUCUUACUUAUUUUUUAUCUUGGGCCCAUUAACUUGUCAGGGCUCUAAAUAUUUUGGUAUAGUAGAUUUUCUAAUUAUUUAUUAGCUAAUUAGUUCUUGAGCACAAAGUUUCAAUUUGGCAAAUAAAGAAGUCUAUGUUGAUCGAAAGUUGGAUGAGUAAAACAAUGUCAUAUUGUGAGGAUUAA